CACGGAGCGUGUGGACCUUGACGGAGUAGUCACUCACCUGGGGCCAUGGCGUUGGUAAUAGUAGGUACAUUUGUCGUGGCGCUGUGCUUAUGCGCUGGCGAUGCGCAAGCUCAAGCGCAGCUCCAGGUAGGGUUCUACGCGCAGUCGUGCCCGCAGGCGGAGGUGAUCGUGCGGGACGAGGUCGGCAGGGCCGUGAGCGCCAACGUCGGCCUCGCCGCCGGCCUCGUCCGGCUCCACUUUCACGACUGCUUCGUCCAGGGCUGCGACGCGUCGGUGCUGCUGGACUCGACGGCGAACAACACGGCGGAGAAGGACGCCAUACCGAACAAGAGCCUGAGGGGGUUCGAGGUCAUCGACGCCGCCAAGACGAGGCUGGAGGGCACGUGCGCGGGAACCGUCUCGUGCGCCGACAUACUCGCAUUCGCCGCCAGAGACAGCGUCGUCCUGACCGGCGGUAGCCCCUACGCCGUCCCGGCCGGGCGGAGGGACGGCAACGUCUCGGCGGCGUCCGAGGCGCAGGCGAACCUGCCGCCUUUCACGGCAAGUGCGGCCCAGCUCACGGAAGCAUUCGCCAAGAAGGGGCUCUCCCAGGAAGACAUGGUCACGCUUUCAGGCGCGCACACGAUCGGGUUGUCGCACUGCAGCUCCUUCAGCGGGAGGCUGCAAGGGUACAACGCCACCACGGGCACGGGCCAGGACCCGUCCAUGAGCGCGGCCACGGCGUCGGCGCUGGCGGCGCAGUGCGGGCGGAGCCCCGAUGCGGCGGUGCCCAUGGACGCCGGCAGCCCGGACGCGUUCGACACGGGGUACUUUCAUGCCGUGCUGGCCAACCAGGGCGUCCUCGCCUCCGACCAGACACUCACGUCCGACAACGUCACGGCCGCGCUCGUCGUGGAGAACGCCUACAACACAUACCUGUUCGUCACCCGGUUCGGCGAGGCCAUGGUCAGGAUGGGCGGCAUCAAGGGGCUCACCGGCGGCGACGGUCAGAUACGCACCAACUGCAGGGUCCUAAACUGAACACCGUGCGUACGUCGUCCUCGAAAUCCUUCUUUUUGGCUACACUGUCUUUGCAAAUGUAAAAGGCAAUGCAAUUAUAUAUCGAUUUUGGACUCUUGUAAAGCUUGCGCGUGAGCUGUCUCAUGAAGUACGUAGAUCUUCCUUUUCUCUCUGAAAUGACCAUCCAAAAACUGCACCAGCUUUGCUGUAAAGCAUGCAUGACUGAUUGAUCGCGCGUAUACGCUUUUGUCAUGUGUCGACCAAACCUGGGAGCAACCAAUUGACAAACAAUUCUAGUUUGAGUUUUUCUCCUUAAAGUUGAUGCAGAAAUAAAGAGGACGACAAUGCAACAAAAGAAGGCAACCUUUGCAACGGAGCCAACAAAACGACUAGUGCUUGCCCAGAGUACAAGACAUGGCUAAGAAAGAAGCUACCGGAUGAAGCUAAUGAUCUUUUGUCCUUUGCACAAGGAUGAAUGAUUUCCUUAAUUCAUAUUACCAACGG